GCAGGUCCCGGUACUGGUAUGCUUGCGCGGGUGGUGUUGGCAGUGUCCCAGACCUCGCUGGUAGUACAUCAUUUACUUACAUGUUAUUCCGUCGUCAUUCCACCGGGAGUACGUCUCGUAUCGGAUACUCAAUUAUCGUCACGGCAGGCAAGGCUGAGGACGUAGCCGAGAUACGGGUUCGUGAAAGGGCCAAGGCAGGAGCACAAAUAAAGAAAUACCGGUCGGUAGCACGCGCUCGACCAGCACGGGGUUCGUUGUCGGCGCCGGUUUGCUACCAUGUCGGUCCGCCGCCCGAAAACGGAACAUUGCAUUGCGCCCGUGAAUCGCUGACGGCGAGAUAUUUCGGCCGCGUCGUGUUUCCGAUAGAUUGCGGUCUCUCUCUAUCUCUCUCUCGCGAGAGUUCAGUCGACGGUGAUGGUGUUGGGUGGUGGUGGUGGCGACCCCGCGAUAAUUGCGAUGGGUGGGGAAAAAAAGAGGCUAGUGGGUGCAGCGUCCUUUGGCUUCGUUGGCCUGUUCACCCUUUUCGCUACCCGGACCAGUUAUCGAGUUGGCCUGGACCGCAUCGGAUGUCCCAUUCGCGGAUCGAAGCGCCGUACGAACGACGGAAUAGGCACCUACUUGCUAGGCAUCUCGAUGAUAUAUGCUCUGUGUGCUGUCACGAUCCAAUCGUGACUGUUCUGUGGGCUGUUAGAGCUGGAUGCUGCCGGAUCAGCAGCGCCCGAGAAUGCGAUGUUGCACCGUUGGCUGGUCGUAGGUCGAGGCAACUUACGUGGUUCUGCCACUGCAGAUAGAUCCUGUCGAGAAAUGAAAAAUAAUAAUUCCAUUUCACCAACCCCAUGAAUUAAUCGAUAACGACAACUCCAAACAGAGAGGAGGUCACGCAUAAGUGCGCGCUGGGCAGGUUGGCCUAAUUACUAGCAGACGACGCUGGUUCCAAUGGUUGAAUGGAGUUCGCCAGCUUUCCUUCCCGCCUGGGCUGGUGCCAACUAAUUAACGAUUUCUUCCCCGCAUCCCCACCACGUGGCGAGUGAUCGCUAGCUGCACUUCGUGGCUCAGCGGGGUUGCUGAGCUGCGG